AAACCAUCCCCGGCGGCCCGCCGCAGGCUUUAGAGAGGCCGAGGGCGGCCAAGUGCGGGCAAGUCUUGCCUCUCAAAGCCCUGCGAUGACCCGCUGGGGACUCUGUCUUAAAACUGAGGGGAACAUAACGAGUUCGGUCCAUUAAAAUAUUUCGGCUACCAAGACAUUUCUGUGUCCUUACAUCAUAAAUAUAUAUCCCAUUUCACAUGUUAUAUGCAAUUAAACUUUCUUGUGUUUGGUUGUAGAUAAAAAUGAUAACUGUAAAUGCGCCGAAUGGUUGUUAGACAAACUCAACCGUACAUUUUAGCAUGGUAAAUAUUAGCACGCACUUAUGUUCUUAAACGAAUAAAAAUAUCGAGUGUUUUAUUAUACAUUCUGGUGAUUAACGAAACUAUUUUUGAUUCAACGAUCAUGUAUUGAGAAAAAAAAAACAAGGUAUGCGCUGCUGCCGUACUUUGUUGAGUAGUACCAAUAAUCUGUGGUAUAAAUCCUCGUGCCUAGAAAGGUAAAAAUGUUUUUGAAGUUACAUUUUACGUUUAGAAUUAUUGUUUGAACGUUUAUGCAAUGUUAAGUGAGCCAAGUGGAAAGACAAGACACUCUCAUAUCUGGUGUUUGGCACCACCGCAUAGAGAAGCGCGGGAAAACUCACAGCAGCCCGCAGCCUCUCCUGCUUUGUCCUGCACGGUGCUUAGACUGUUCUUCGCUUCACAUCAUUCUUUUCUCCCUAAAAGGCAAGUAUCCUGUAAUAUAGUUAAUGUCGAUGUAGCUUAGGCGCACAGUGGUAAAUUUGCUGUUCGUGAGGCUUAGCUGGCACGUAUAUAGUGGUGCCAUGGAGGGAGAGUUAUCUUACUGGACGAAACGAAGGAGAAUUCAGCAGCAGGUGUCAGUUCAUUUAGAAUCUUUGCGUAAAGCAAGAGAAAUCCCAGAUAUUGAACGACCAGCACAUGCAGAGUAUAGUGGUUUUGCCCUACAGCACACUGAGAAUUCCACAGUUUGUCAUGAUAGUGAAAUAAAUCAGAAAACUUGUGGGGCAGUCUGUGAGGAGGAACAGGUUCAGGAACGGGUAAGCUGGUAUGAACAUCACCCAUUUCAACAACCGUGUUCAUCGGGAAGUGAUUCUGAUGUUACAAAUUCAGCUUAUGAAACUAAAGGUCAUGAUUAUUAUCAAAUGUCAUCUAAGCUUGCUAAAUGGGCUGUUGAUUUCAAAAUCUCACACAAUGCCAUCAACAGUCUCAUGGAAAUAUUACUGAAGUAUCAUCCUAGUCUUCCAAAGGAUGCAAGAACUCUGCUAAGUACUCCACGGUAUUAUGACAUUAAGCAGGUUGCAGGAGGAUCUUAUCAUUAUUUUGGUGUGGAAGCCUUGCUUGUAAAAGUUUUGUCCCAUAAGUUAACAACAAGAACACUGAAAGAUGGUGAACAUAUAGUUCUUCAAAUUAACAUAGAUGGUCUGCCUUUAUUUAAGAGUUCAAACAGCCAGUUUUGGCCCAUAUUAGCAAGAGUUAGUCACCCAGUAGAGAGUGAACCAUUCAUCAUUGCAUUAUAUUGUGGCAGCCAUAAACCAGGGAAUGUUUCAGAAUAUCUGCUAGAUUUUGUUACUGAGAUGAAUAUUAUCAAUGAAAAUGGCAUAGUAAUUGAUGGUAAAAAACUUCAAGUUCAGGUAUCAUCCUUUGUUUGUGAUGCACCUGCAAGAUCAUUCGUCAAACAAGUUAAAGGACAUAAUGCAUACUAUGGUUGUGAAAAAUGCACCCAGAGAGGUGUGUGGAAGGGCAAAGUAACAUUUCCAUCCCUUGAUGCCUCACUCCGCACUGAUGAUGACUUCAAAAGCUUGGCUGAUGAAGAACAUCAUUAUGCUAGAUCACCUUUAAUAGAGCUUGGAAUUGGGAUGGUUAGUCAGUUUCCUUAUGAUUAUAUGCACCUUGUGUGCUUAGGAGUGACAAGAAAACUUAUUGGGCUGUGGAUUAGAGGACCUGUGGGUAAGAACUGUAGAGUUGGAAGUAAUGUAAUACAAAGAAUAUCAGAUGACUUACUAAAGUACUGGAAAUUUCUGCCUUCAGAAUUUCCCAGAAAAUGCAGAUCACUUGCAGAGGUAGACAGAUGGAAAGCAACUGAAUACCGGCAGUUUCUGCUAUACAGUGGACCAAUUGCAUUAAAAGACAAAUUGGCUGAUGAUAAAUAUCAAAACUUUUUAGAUCUUUUUGUUGGCAUUUACUGUCUUGCAAGUCCAUUCUAUUACACUACACAUUGCCAAUAUGCCCAUGAAUUAUUGUGUACCUUUGUGCAAGACUUUGGCAGGAUAUAUGGUUCAGAUAUGUUAGUUUAUAAUGUUCAUGGGCUGUCACAUUUAGCUGGUGAUGUUGCAAAUUUUGGUCCAUUGGAUAGGUUCUCAGCCUUUCCAUUUGAAAAUUUCCUUGGAAAGUUGAAAGCCAAGCUGCGGAAACCCAACUUUCCCGUCCAACAAGUGAUCUGUAGACUUCAUGAGGAAAUGAAUGCUCUUUUGUCAACAGAACCCAAAAAGCAUGUAGAUGUAGAGGUACCCAAGCACAUGCAUAAUAAUGGACCAUUGCCAGGAUCUGAUGAUAAUUUUCUCAGUUCAAGAAGGUCACUUACAAGAAACUCCAGUUCUCAAUAGAUUCUGGAGAUAACUGUGUGAAGGUUGGGUCAAAUAUAGGUCUGAUAAAGAACAUUUUGGUUAGAAAGGAUGGAGGUGAAGUGAUGGUACUCUUUGAAUCUUUUAGUAAUAUAUCCACCUUCUUUACAAGCCCACUAAGUUCAUCAGAUUUGGGUGUUUACAAGGUAUCACAUCUUAGAGGAAGGCUUGAUAUUAUUCCACUGUCAGAAAUAAUGUGCAAAUAUGUAAUGCUGCCUUAUAAGAAUGAUUUCUUUGUUGUAAUUCCAGUGAUUCACCAGUUUAAUAGACCAUGAGUGAUGCAGAAGUUGGGGCUAUGGUACUGGAUGUGUUAGUGUCUGCUUUUUUCUUUAUUUACUUAGGGUUGCAUUUUGCUUUAAAGACACUUUCGUGGUUUUGUCUUGUUUUUUCCAACAGAUGGGUGAAACAUUUGUUUUGGUGGAAUUCCUUAAGACAAAUGAUGUGGCUGUAAUCCCUUCAUCAUGGCUAGUUAGCAAAGACAAAGCACUGUGGCCUCCAUACCUUUCCUCAACACGAAUAAACAAUGCUGUCCGCAACAGAGAUUCACCAUGUACAGAAUGGACGAAGUAUUCUGUUAAAAUCAUGUAUGAAUCAGAACACUGCGGCAUCCAGUCCACCCACUGUUGGUUCAUCACCUGGGACCUGUGUGUGUCCUUGUCUGUUGUGUUCGUCAUCUGGGAUGUCUGUGGUUGUUUGUGUCUGUUGUGUCUAAUUGUGCCUUUGUUGUGAGUACCCUGUUGUGUUGUAUUCACUUAUUUCAACACGUAUCUGUGUCUUUUUCACUUCUUUCAUUACAUACUUUUUAGGAAAAUUAGAAAUAAACAAAUUACCUAUGAAUAUAGUAUGUGCUUAAUUCUUUCAUUGUGGCAGAUUUCUCAAAAACUUCAUGAACUAACCUGGUACUAGCAUAAGGCAAGUAAAAGGAAUGAUCCUGUAUGGUAACCAAUGAUAAUAAAUGAGUAAUAUUUACUAAAUUUAUCCACAGAUACA